AUGUUCCGGGAAGAAGAACUUCAUGAAGGCGCAGAAGGCGACGAACAGGAACAUCAAGAUGAAAGUAUCAUCAUGAAACCAAAUAAAAAACCAUUCCGACUGCUGGAUCUACCAAGAGUGGCAAUGGAAAAAGUGCUCAAGAACAAUACGGCUUAUGAGUUACUAGCCCUCUCCAUGCAAUCAAAACGAGCCAAAAACGCAGUCAAAGUCAUCGCUAACCAGCGUGGCUUCAAAAUGACCAUAACUCUCGACGAAACUCCAAAUAUCGAGCUCUACGAUGACCGUUCUGAUCUAGCAGAGCUCGCAAUCGUUUUCAAGUUGGCACCCGUCGAUUAUGACAAGUUUUUGUUUAAUUCGACACCAGCUCAGCUGGAUAGUGCAGAGGACGGGCGGUUGGUGUGCAGUAGCUAUGAUACAUUUAUUGGGGAAUGGAAUAAUGACGAUGAUGGGGAUUCUGAGGCAGAUUUUGAUGUGGAAAAGGAGAAAGAGGAUUUGAGUGAAGAUGAGGAGGAAGAUGUGGACGAGGAGGAGGAAUUGAUUGUAGAUCAUAAAAUUUCGGAUGAGGAAGAAGAGAAUGAGGAUGAAGAAAUGAAACAAGCGAAGAAGUUUAUUCUUCGUCGUGCUCGAGACAAUUUGUAUCUCCACUGCAAUGACUUGCCAACCGGUGUCAACUUUCUUAUCUCAACGCUCUCGGAUUUGUUCCGAAAUAUCGACUCAGUUGAUGUAGAAGUAACAAUCCCGGACAAGAACUCGGUAAACCAGAUCCGAGAAUUUCUGGUCAAUCAAAAGAAAUGCCUAAAACUUUGUCGCUAUCGAGACUCUAUCAACAAGUAUACCUCCCGGGAGAUUGAACAAUUGAUGCAUUUCGAGACGGUACGAUUGGAGAAGGCACGGAUGGAGAAUAAGAAUAUGGAGGUGUUGUUCAAGAGAUGGAUUGGAGCGGAGUAUGUGAAUAGAGAGCUCUACAUUAAGAAUCUCUUCCAGCCAAUGAGUAUUCAAAAGUUGAGGCGGUGUAUUCGCGAUAGACGAACCAUUCUCCUUGCUAACACCGCUUUCACAGUGAAGAGGGAUGACGAGCUGACUGCUUGCGUGUGGUCAGGUGGAGAUUUCAAAUUGUUUUACGUUUAG